CUGGGAACCAGAGACAGAGAAAGCGAUAGGGAGAGGGAGGCAGGGACAUCGGGACAUAGGGAGAGAGAGAGGCAGGGACAUAGGGAGAGGGAUAGGGAGAGAGAGGCAGGGACAUCGGGACAUAGGGAGAGAGAGAGGCAGGGACAUAGGGAGAGAGAGAGGCAGGGACAUAGGGACAUAGGGAGAGGGAUAGGGAGAGAGAGAGAGGCAGGGACAUCGGGACAUAGGGAGAGGGAUAGGGAGAGAGAGAGGCAGGGACAUCGGGACAUAGGGAGAGAGAGAGGCAGGGACAUAGGGAGAGAGGGAUAGGGAUAGGGAGACGGGAGGUAAUAGGGAUAAGGAGAGAAGGAUAGGGAGACAGACAGGGAUAGAGAGCGGGGAAUAAGAGAUAAGGAGAGAGUGUUGGGGAGAGACAGGGACAUAGGGAGACGGAGAGAUGGAUAGGGAGACGAGGGGAAUUGGGAUAAGGAGAGAGGGAUAGGGAGAAAGAGACAGGGGUAGGGAGGGGAGGAGAGAGUAAAAAAAGUGGAGAGAGGGAUAAAUGGAGAGAUACUGAGUGAGAGAGAAAACAACUGGAAGGAAAUAGAAGCUGUGAUCCCAGAGAGAGAGGCAGCAAGUGAUCCCAAGAGAGCGAGUGAUCUGGGUGUGAUCCCGGAGAGAGGGCGAGCGAUGCUGGUGUGAUCGUGAGAGAGAGAGAGAGAUCAGUUCUGGAGAGUCAUCCCAAGAGACCCAGUGGUUCUGGUGUGAUCUGGAGAGAGAAAGAGAGUGUGAUCCUGGAGAGUGAGUGAUCCUGGUGUGAUCCCGAGAUAGAGACUGUUCCCGGAGAAUAAGUGAUGCUGGAGUGAUCCCGAGAGAGAUAGUGAUCCCAGUGUAUUCCUGAGAGAGAUAGUGAUCCUACUGUGAUCCCAGAGAGAGCAAGUGAUCCUGACUGAGAGAGUCCCCGAGUGUGGGAGAGGGCUGCCUGUGGUCCCCAUGGAUUUUCUCCAGUCUCUUGGACACCCGGAGGAGCUCCUGAACCUCAUCAAAUACAAACUGGGGCCAGGGGCCCGCACCUGGAGCCUAGAGGUACAGGGGGAUUCGAUGAGUGAAACCCUGAAAAAGUGCUAUGUUUAUCUGAACCAGACGAGCCGCAGUUUUGCUGCUGUCAUUCAGGCACUGGACGGUGAUCUACGUCAAGCGGUGUGCAUCUUUUACCUGGUGUUGCGGGCUCUAGACACAGUGGAAGAUGACAUGUCCAUCCCCCUGGAGGUGAAAAUCCCAAUGUUACAGAACUUCCACACUUAUUUGUACCAGCCUGAGUGGAGGUACAGCCAGAGUCGGGAGAAGGACCGCCAGGUGCUGGAGGAUUUUCCAUCGAUAUCCUUGGAAUUCCGCUUACUGGCCAAGGUUUACCAGGAUGUGAUUGCAAAUAUCUGCCACAAGAUGGGAGCUGGCAUGGCUGAGUUUUUGGGAAAAAAGGUCGGAUCCAUCAAAGAAUGGGACAUGUACUGUCACUACGUGGCAGGACUGGUGGGAAUCGGCCUGUCCCGUCUGUUCUCGGCCUCUGAACUUGAGGAUCCAGUUGUUGGGCAGGACACGGAACUGGCCAACUCCAUGGGGCUCUUCCUGCAGAAAACCAACAUCAUUCGGGAUUACCUGGAGGACCAACAGGAAGGUCGGGAGUUCUGGCCACAGGAGGUAUGGAGCAAGUAUGCAGAGAAACUGUCUGACUUCACUAAACCCUCAAAUGUUCAGGCAGCACUGCAGUGCUUGAACGAGCUGAUUACAAAUGCUCUGCAGCAUGUCCCAGAUGUCAUCAGGUACUUAUCCCGGCUUCACAAUCAGAGUGUCUUCAACUUCUGUGCGAUUCCACAGGUGAUGGCUAUAGCCACACUGGCUGCUUGUUAUAACAACCCACAGGUUUUCCGUGGUGUUGUGAAGAUCCGGAAAGGUCAGGCUGUCACCCUAAUGCUGGAGGCAACUAACAUGGAAGCUGUGAAAGGGAUGAUUCGGCAGUAUACCCAAAUGAUUGGACAGAAAGUUCCAGGUGCGGGGAGCUCUGGAGCCAGAACACAGCAGAUUGUGGUAAAAGUGGAGUCCCUCAGCCAGUGUGAUGGGGAGCUAAUGUCCCGUGGUCAUCUUUCACCUAUUUACCUGUCCUUAGCCGUAUUCUUGGCUGCGGUUAGUUGGCAAUACUGGCAGACCCUGACUCACAGCUCAGAAGAGUAUGUACAUGGGCACUAAGCAGCUUUUCCUUUGUUAUAAUCUCUCGCUAAUUUUCAUUCUACAAUGGGAAGAAGAACAGGAGAGUUUUGUGACUUGUGCUGUUACUCACUCCAGGAGAUAGCUCCGCUGUGAGGCUGAAGAGAGUUAUUCAUUCUGCGUAGAUCAAUGCAGUAAAGCUUCAGUUCUAGACUGCAAGCGGGCAGCUCCAGCCUGUACCCCACCGGGUGCUGUGGCCAGACACAAGGUUCAAACGAGUACAUUGGUAAAGGGAGAGCAUGAAAGAUUCCUCAAUUGCCAGCAAGUCUCGGAUGGGAUGAGUUUACACAGACUCGGUUGGAAUACGCUGAUGCAUACCUAGCCCUCAGCCAUAUAAUUGGAGCCUCUGUACCAAUCCUGGGAGUGUUUGAUGGUGACAAUAGAGAGGGUGCUUUACUCUGUAUCUAAAUCUAUGCUGCCCCUGUCUUGGGAAUGGUUGAUGGAGACAGUUUGGAGGGAGACUUACUCUGUAUCUAAUCCCAUGCUGCACCUAACCUGGGAGUAUUUGCUGGGGACAGUAUACAGGGAGCUUUACAUUCAGUUUAAAAGAGUAGAAUAAGCUUCAGUCUGUAUCUAACCUCGUGCUGUACCUGUCCUGGGGGUGUCAGAAUUGGUGUCUCUGUGACCCCCACCCUCAAAAUCCACGAGAGUUUUGUGUGGGACCAUGCAGAACCCCUCGUUCCACUGCUGUGAAGGUCCGUGUCCAAGUGUCACCCCUUCUCUCCCCCUAACCUCCUUCAAUCUUGGUGUUUGUGAGGGGCCUCAACAGCUGACUGAGGAAAGCUACUGUUUCUGGUAUUUGUCCUUUGUCAUUCCCUUGUUGAUCAUCAGAUUGCUUGUUGUUAAUUCAAUAAAUUACUACAAAUGUC